CUUUCUCUGUCCACUCUCUCUCUCUCUCUCUCUCUCCCUCCCUCCCCGCCAUAUCUUCAGUCCUCAGCUACAUCACCCUGCUUCCCUUUGUCCUCUCAUCCAUCGACGCGGGGCUCAUUCCAUCGGAUUUCCCCCACCGACCGCGACGGCAGAUUCCGCCCCGCGUGAUCGGAGCUCGCGUGCGCCGACGGCAUGAGGAGCUUCUGCGGGGGCAAGUGUUCGCGGACGCUGAGGAGUCUGGUGAGGAGGAAGCAGGUCGAUUCCGUCCACGCGAGGCGCGAGGGACAUCAGCUGGCCAGGCGAUUGUCGGUUCUCGACAUCAUUGCCAUCGGAGUUGGGGCGACUGUCGGAGCUGGGGUGUAUAUUCUCGUUGGGACAGUGGCUAGAGAGUACACCGGACCUGCUUUAACCAUCUCCUUCCUGAUCGCUGGAAUCGCUGCUGCGCUUUCUGCAUUCUGUUAUGCGGAGCUUGCUUGUCGAUGUCCGUCUGCUGGGAGUGCCUACCAUUAUACGUACAUAUGCAUUGGCGAGGGAGUUGCUUGGUUGAUUGGUUGGUCACUGAUCCUGGAAUACACAAUAGGCGGUUCAGCUGUUGCUCGGGGUAUCUCCCCAAAUCUGGCUGUGUUUUUCGGAGGAGAGAAUAAGUUACCCUCUUUUUUGGCUCGUCAUACUAUACCGGGGACUGGCAUUGUAGUUGAUCCUUGUGCAGCUGCCUUAGUUAUUGUUGUGACAGUGCUUCUGUGCAUAGGCAUCAAGGAGAGUUCAAUGGCGCAAACCGUCGUUACGACAAUAAAUGUCUCUGCCAUGAUUUUCAUAAUUGCAGCUGGUGGAUAUAUAGGUUUCAAAACAGGAUGGGUGGGUUAUGAACUUCCCAACGGGUACUUUCCUUAUGGGGUCACUGGAAUGCUUGGCGGGUCUGCAGUUGUAUUCUUUUCAUACAUCGGCUUUGAUUCAGUUACCAGCACAGCUGAGGAGGUGAAAAAUCCUCAACGAGAUCUGCCCAUGGGAAUAGGGAUAGCACUGUCAAUAUGUUGCAUAUUGUACAUGCUUGUGUCUGUUGUUAUUGUUGGCUUAGUACCAUACUAUGCAUUAGAUCCGGACACCCCAAUUUCCUCAGCAUUUUCUAACUAUGGAAUGCGAUAUGCAGUAUAUAUAUUAACCACUGGAGCAGUCAUGGCUCUAUGCUCAAGUUUGAUGGGUUCAAUUCUUCCUCAGCCACGAAUCUUGAUGGCAAUGGCUAGGGAUGGACUGUUGCCAUCAUUCUUUGCAGAUAUAAACAGACACACUCAAGUUCCAGUAAAUAGUACAGUGAUGACUGGUGUUCUGGCUGCAGCCCUUGCAUUCUUCAUGGAUGUCUCACAGUUGGCUGGGAUGGUUAGUGUGGGUACGCUUCUUGCUUUCACCACUGUUGCAGUUUCUGUCCUGAUUCUCAGGUAUGUUCCACCAGAUGAAGUGCCCUUUGCAUCAGGACUCCAGGAGUCGAUUGGUUCGGUAUCUUCGCAGUACAAUAAUGACCUCAAGGGAACUGCUUCGAUGGAUUUUGGAUAUUCUCUUGUCUCAUCCAAGGAGGAUGAUCAGCUGUUUGAGACAAACGAGUCUUCAAUCGAAGACGAUAUCAUGCAAAAACAAGUAACUAUAGAUGACAAUGAAGAACGAAGGCGGAAGAUUGCUUCCUGGAGUAUAGCUUUUGUGUGUGUAGGAAUUCUUAUACUAGCAUCUGCUGCUUCAGUCGAAGGCCUUUCAAGCGUUGUUCGUUUGCUGUUAUGUGGGUUGGCUGGAGUUGCUGCCUUAGGCAGUCUGGUCGUGCUGGCCUGCAUAGAACAGGAUGAUGCAAGGCAUGACUUUGGACAUGCAGGAGGUUUUCAAUGUCCGUUCGUCCCUUUCUUGCCUGUUGCCUGUAUUCUUGUCAACACCUACCUAUUAGUUAGUCUUGGGUUGGGAACAUGGUUCCGUGUCUCGAUAUGGAUGUUGAUUGGAGCUCUAGUCUACAUUUUCUAUGGCCGGAGUCACAGCUCAUUGAAAGGUGCUGUCUAUGUUCCGGUAGCCUACGCUCAUGAGAUUUAUCAAGCCUCAUCCAAUCAUCAAGCAUAGUUCCUGCAAAAAUUACUCGUGAGUCCCAUUGCAGCAGGUCAUGAAUAAUCGCCCCAUGGUUUAUUUUGAUUCACGGUACUUCAUUUGGUAAUAAUAGGGUCUCGUGGAGAGGACAAAGUGAAUUUCCUCCCUCCCUCUUUGUACAUUAGUCUUCAGGGGAACCUGAAGGUCUCGCUCUUUUGUUGUAAAGACAGUCGAAUUACACAACAUCCCUUGUAUCAAUUUUCAGCAACGCCCAAUGAAGAUAUGUUUCAUAGGA